GAUGAGUGAUUUCCUGAGCAUGCCUAGGGAAUGACAGGCAUCUCCACAGGCAGGCUGCAUCCACCUUGGCUGGGGUGUCGUCAUUGGCUGCCUAUUAGAAAAACGACAGGACAAUGCAUACCACCGCCUGCCGACUGUAAACAUAGGGGAUAUGUGUUCACUUAGCAUGGACUUCUGGGAGGGGCCAAGGAAGGGCGGUCUGGAGUUUUAUUGAAUAGAGCAGUGUGUAUUCGGCUGCCUGCCUGCCUGCCUGCUUGCUCUCUGGCUGUGCUCCUGCUUAAAGAAAUCAGUCCUUCCUUUCCGACUUAGUCCUCGGGAAGAAGUUUCAGACUACAAGGUAUCAUUGGAACAUUUCAAGAUCAUCAAAUCAAAUUCCACAGGGAUUAGUGAUCAACCAGAAGGCUCAGACAUCUGAUUGCUGACCUGUCCAGACAUCAUCUGGUCUCCCUGAACCUGAAAUCACACCAUGGAUGAUUUUGAACGUCGCAGAGAACUUAGAAGGCAAAAGAGGGAGGAGAUGCGACUCGAAGCAGAAAGAAUCGCCUACCAGAGGAAUGACGAUGAUGAAGAGGAGGCAGCCCGGGAACGGCGCCGCCGAGCCCGACAGGAACGGCUGCGGCAGAAGCAGGAGGAAGAAUCCUUGGGACAGGUGACCGACCAGGUGGAGGUGAAUGCCCAGAACAGUGUGCCUGACGAGGAGGCCAAGACAACCACCACAAACACUCAAGUGGAAGGGGAUGAUGAGGCCGCAUUCCUGGAGCGCCUGGCUCGGCGAGAGGAAAGACGCCAAAAACGCCUUCAGGAGGCUCUGGAGCGGCAGAAGGAGUUUGACCCAACAAUAACAGAUGCAAGUCUGUCGCUCCCAAGCAGAAGAAUGCAAAAUGACACAGCAGAAAACGAAACUGCCGAGAAGGAAGAAAAAAGUGAAAGUCGCCAAGAAAGAUACGAGAUAGAGGAAACAGAAACAGUCACCAAGUCCUACCAGAAGAAUGACUGGAGGGAUGCUGAAGAAAAUAAGAAAGAAGACAAAGAAAAGGAGGAGGAGGAAGAAGAGAAGCCAAAGCGAGGGAGCAUUGGAGAAAAUCAGGUAGAGGUGAUGGUGGAAGAGAAAACAACUGAAAGCCAGGAGGAAACAGUGGUAAUGUCAUUAAAAAAUGGGCAGAUCAGUUCAGAAGAGCCUAAACAAGAGGAGGAGAGGGAACAAGGUUCAGAUGAGAUUCCCCAUCAUGAAAAGAUGGAAGAGGAAGACAAGGAAAGAGCUGAGGCAGAGAGGGUAAGGUUGGAAGCAGAAGAAAGAGAAAGAAUUAAAGCCGAGCAAGACAAAAAGAUAGCAGAUGAACGAGCAAGAACUGAAGCAGAAGAAAAAGCAGCUGCCCAAGAAAGAGAAAGGAGAGAGGCAGAGGAGCGGGAAAGGAUGAGGGAGGAAGAGAAAAGGGCAGCAGAGGAGAGGCAGAGGGCCAGGGCAGAGGAGGAAGAGAAGGCUAAGGUAGAAGAGCAGAAACGUAACAAGCAGCUAGAAGAGAAAAAACGUGCCAUGCAAGAGACAAAGAUAAAAGGGGAAAAGGUAGAACAGAAAAUAGAAGGGAAAUGGGUAAAUGAAAAGAAAGCGCAAGAAGAUAAACUUCAGACAGCUUUCCUAAAGAAACAGGGAGAAGAGAAGGGAGCUAAAGUGCAAGCUAAAAGAGAAAAGCUCCAAGAAGACAAGCCUACCUUCAAAAAAGAAGAGAUCAAAGAUGAAAAGAUUAAAAAGGACAAAGAACCCAAAGAAGAAGUUAAGAGCUUCAUGGAUCGAAAGAAGGGAUUUACAGAAGUUAAGUCGCAGAAUGGAGAAUUCAUGACCCACAAACUUAAACACACUGAGAAUACUUUCAGCCGCCUUGGAGGGAGGGCCAGCGUGGACACCAAGGAGGCUGAAGGCGCCCCCCAGGUGGAAGCCGGCAAAAGGCUGGAGGAGCUUCGUCGUCGUCGCGGGGAGACCGAGAGCGAAGAGUUCGAGAAGCUCAAACAAAAGCAGCAGGAGGCGGCUUUGGAGCUGGAGGAACUCAAGAAAAAGAGGGAGGAGAGAAGGAAGGUCCUGGAGGAGGAAGAGCAGAGGAGGAAGCAGGAGGAAGCCGAUCGAAAACUCAGAGAGGAGGAAGAGAAGAGGAGGCUAAAGGAAGAGAUUGAAAGGCGAAGAGCAGAAGCUGCUGAGAAACGCCAGAAGAUGCCAGAAGAUGGCUUGUCAGAUGACAAGAAACCAUUCAAGUGUUUCACUCCUAAAGGUUCAUCUCUCAAGAUAGAAGAGCGAGCAGAAUUUUUGAAUAAGUCUGUGCAGAAAAGCAGUGGUGUCAAAUCGACCCAUCAAGCAGCAGUAGUCUCCAAGAUUGACAGCAGACUGGAGCAGUAUACCAGUGCAAUUGAGGGAACAAAAAGCGCAAAACCUACAAAGCCGGCAGCCUCGGAUCUUCCUGUUCCUGCUGAAGGUGUACGCAACAUCAAGAGUAUGUGGGAGAAAGGGAAUGUGUUUUCAUCCCCCACUGCAGCAGGCACACCAAAUAAGGAAACUGCUGGCUUGAAGGUAGGGGUUUCUAGCCGCAUCAAUGAAUGGCUAACUAAAACCCCAGAUGGAAACAAGUCACCUGCUCCCAAACCUUCUGACUUGAGACCAGGAGACGUAUCCAGCAAGCGGAACCUCUGGGAAAAGCAAUCUGUGGAUAAGGUCACUUCCCCCACUAAGGUUUGAAACAGUUCCAGAAAGAACCCAAGCUCAAGACGCGGGACGAGCUCAGUUGUAGAGGGCUAAUUUGCUCUGUUUUGUAUUUAUGUUGAUUUACUAAAUUGGGUUCAUUUUCUUUUAUUUUUCAAUAUCCCAAUAAACCCAUGUAUAUUAUCACUAUAUUUAAUAAUCACAGUCUAGAGAUGUUCAUGGUAAAAGUACUGCCUUUGCACAGGAGCCUGUUUCUAAAGAAACCCAUGCUGUGAAAUAGAGACUUUUCUACUGAUCAUCGUAACUCUGAGCAGUGAUACCAACCACAUCUGAAGUCAACAGAAGAUCCAAGUUUAAAAUUGCCUGCAGAAUGUGUGCAGUAUCUAGAAAAAUGAACCGUAGUUUUUGUUUUUUUAAAUACAGAAGUCAUGUUGUUUCUGCACUUUAUAAUAAAGCAUGGAAGAAAUUAUCUUAGUAGGCAAUUGUAACACUUUUUGAGAGUAACCCAUUUCAGAUUUGAAAUACUGCAAUAAUGGUUGUCUUUAAAAAAAAAAAAGAAAUGUACUGUUAAGGUAUUACUUUUUUUUAUGCUGAUGAUUCAUAUCUAAAUUACAUUAUUAUGUUAGCUGA